UUAGAUGUUAUGGAGCACGUGCAUGUGUGUGUUGAUAGUGCUAUACUGUUCUUUGGUGGUAGCCAACAUUAAAUUCUCAUUUUCUAAGACGUUCGAGAUUCAGGAUAUGGCCAGAGUGGUAUAGCAUAAAUCAAGUUGUGAAAGCAGGCAUAUGAAUACUGUAACUAUUAUAUGAACACCUUCAGUGACACUUCGAACUUCAUACAAGGGCUAUAAUAAUAUUGUGUAACUAAAAAAAAAUUGAAAUGAAACAUCAGAUCAGCGGCAACAAGUCAUUCGUCGAUUUUAAAAUUCAAAUAAUUGGGAAUAGUUUAAAAACGAGAAAUACAAAAACUAAAAAAAACAAAUAAAUAUAAAUACAUACAUAUCUGGAAAACCAGCCUGGUGCUGAGAAGUUCAGAUAAAUUAUCACCAUGUACACAGUUAACAAAGGACCUAGCAAAAUCGUCGCUAAAACACGUCGGGGACUGGCACAAAACUUUGAAAAAUUCGAAACAAUUAAGGAGAGCGGCAAGAAGGGAUUCGAUUUAAAUAGCCCCAAGGAACAUAAUAACAUACCACGGCCGGUGUUCCAACAAAGCUUUGCAUCAAAGCGCAUCACCCCUACUAAACUUAUUGAUGACGAAGUGAUAACGCCGCAGCAUGAAGAGAUCAUACGCUAUAUAAAUGACUCUUGGAAUAUUUUGGUCGCACAAAAUCCCUACGAUUGCAGUAACAAACACAGCAAAGAAAAGUUACAAGCCGAUGCUAACAAUAACAAUGCGACUUAUUGUAGCAUCAUAAAUAGGGGAAUUGGCAGCUCACCAUCGGCUGUUAUGACAUCUACUGCAAAUGCAGUACCAAGCACACCUGCCGUUUGGGUUGAACCAGCUAGCCCAGUGCUACGUGACUUUAAACCUUUUGACUUAGAAACUUGGUGGGGCCGCCGACUAUUUCAUAAUAUCACAAAAAGUCUUUAAGAACUUAGUGGUUUUAGUUGGUAGCCGUAUUUAAGGGUAUAAUAUAAUUAUAAUUGAAAAUCAACUUAAAAAUAUAAAAAUAAUGUAUAUUAAGAAGUA